AUGCGAACAGGGAAGAACCGCAGGCACCGGACAGGCCCCGUCCGGAGCAAGAGCACGGUUCCAACCAGGCCAUCGAUCUCCCUGUCCAAUCGACCAGAGCCGAUGAAAAGUGAGCCGAACAAGAUAAUCACGACCAAGGCGAUGAUACCAACCUGUACGACAAUCCCACCUCUGCUACGCCUGCUCCUCCCAUCGAUCUAUGUCGAUCUAUGGGCUAUAGCCGACCAAGAUGUGAGGAAGAAUGCUCAACUGAACAAGAUCCUGACGGCCUCGGCUGAGAUUCUUGCUUCCAAACACGGCUUGGAGUUCACAGACACAGACACGGAUCGCGCACAACUUUGCAACUUCUUCGACCGUAAAGCGCAGCAAAUUGAGGAUCAAAAGUGGGUAUUUCGACUGGGAGAGCAUACCUUUGAAGUUCGAGAGCAGCUCGUUCGGGUAUCUAAAAAGUCCUUAGCGCCGAAAGACAUUAUCACGGCUGGUGCAAGUGCGAGUCCACCGGCUGCAAUUGCCUGUGCCGCGCUUACAACUUGCUUUGCAGGUCUCGAGUCGACUUCUGCCUUAAUCCCUCGUCUUUGUUUCACGGAAAGCCUCUACCUUGAACCACAAGCAAAGGUAUCGAUCGGCUUUCUGGGCAAGCUUCAAGAGACUUUUGUCUCUGUAUAUUCGAAGAUACUUGAGUUCCAGGCUCGAGCGGUCUGCUAUCUGCACAGAUACUCGAUCUCCCAGGCUUUGGGAGAUAUCUUCGAUCGGGAUGGGUGGAACGAUCUUCUCAAAGACUUUGAGAGGUUCGAAACCGAGACAAAUCGGUUCGCAUCUCUCAUUGCAGAUGCAGAAUCGCGCGAAAGACACCAACAGCUGCUACGUCGAAUUGAUUCGAUUUUGAGCGCCUUGGGUGAACGUGAAAUGUGGGCCAUAACAUCGGCUCGAAACGAGAAACCUCACCUCUUAACGGAUUCAGUUCUAGCUAAGGGGGAUAUUGAUGGUGAUGAGCUCGUCCACUCCUUUUCCACGCUAUGGGGAAUUCUCAAUACUGCGUCAGUCAAUGAAAAGGCCGAAGAGAUUCUUUGCAUUCUGGAUUCAUUAGACGAGUGUGCAGAAGAUGAUCGCAAGCGACUCAUCAGAGCAGUCAACGAGUUUUACUUGGGCCGCCAAGACAGCAAUAAGCUCAAACCAGCUAUCAUUCAUCUGAGUGGGGAGGGGGAGAAAGAAACACACAAGAUUUCAGACGAAAUAAAUCUUGUCAUCAAGAAACGAGCAAAGGACAUUCGCGAACAAAGAAACCUAGAAGUUGACGAAUACGAACACCUUGUCAGUCAAAUUACUGCAGUCGAAAACAGAACCUAUUUGUGGGUUAGCCUUAUAUUGGACGUCCUGGAGAACAUGCCGGCUUUCACAAAAGGCAAUGUCCGUCGAGCAAUACACAAUCUGCUCCAAACUGUUGACAGCGCAUAUGAAAGAAUAUUGCAGCGAAGCUCUGAUCUUCAGAAGGCCAGAGGUCUUCUUCAUCUCAUUACGGCUGCGAUGGAGCCUCUCUCGCUUGGAGCGAUGUCUCUUGCUCUUGCUCUUGCUCUGGCGUCGGAGUCAGGCCACCAAGCUCCUGUCAAUAUAAGAGAUGAGAUUGAGCCGGAAUAUCGCUUUAAAAGGACUUUAAGAGACCUCUGCGGUCUCUUCCUGGUCGUCGUAGAUGGCAAAAUCUAG